AUGAAGGGACAGACUUCGAAGCCUUAUGCUCCCAGGCCUAGUCGGCGAAAGGUGAAGCCCGAGGGUCACAUACCUCGUCCAUUAAACAGAUAUAUACUGGCGCAAUGGGCCUUCCGUGACCUGCUUCUCAAUCUCCCGCCCUCAGCGGCAGAGGAGAAAGGGAUCAGGCAGCUCUACGAUUCGAAACCCCGAAUUCUGAAGCGGCUACUCGAGCUCGAGGUCGUCUGGAGGCAACGAUAUCCUGGCGAACGAGUCUCAGACGAAGGGAAACUCGACCAACAGGAUCCUGAUGACCAGAUGAAAGACUAUACUCGCCGAUUUGGCAAGUUCUGGAGGGAAGACUUCACAGAUGCAGAUAAGGAUGAUUGGCAGGACCACUGCGACGGAUGGAUCAUGUCGAACUUCAACGCGAAGUACCCUCACUACAAGUAUCGGCCUCGACAGCGGAAACCAAGAGUACGAGUGAACACUGUUAAGGACAAAGCCGUCGCACCAGAAGAAGGGACUUCUGCGUGUGCUUCUGCCCCGGGCCGCGAUGGUACCUUGCCACCAAUGGCCUCAACCGAUUCCAGGACGAAUUCCAAGAAGCCGUCCCGCGCAGCGGCAACCAAGCGUGUUCGGGAAGAGGACGACGAUAUCGCGUCACGACUUCCAACAACAAAGCGCGCUCGUAAAUCUCUUCCUCGAUCUCCAUAUCCGCGUCGAGUUCAGCCGCCCGUUGUGCCUGCGCUUCCCUCGCCCGCUUCCUCAAUAGCCCUAGCGCAAACAUCCUACUCGCCGUUCACGCCCACGGCCCAGUCCAACCUCCCCUACUACUCGCCUGCUACAUACUCUGGAUCGGAAUCUUCUUCGCAGGGGAUAGGCGCGCGCGCUUCUCGAUCUGUCAUCUCCGCUCCACAGCCGCCCGAUGGCGUAUAUGGCGCGUCGCCACAUGUGCAGAUGUUCCCAUACCUGCAAGACUCCCCUCACUCGCAUGAUAAUCGACCAGACGCGACAUCUUAUGAUGCUCAUCCGCUCGUACAGCCUUCGUUCAGCUCGUCCGACUACGUUGCAUCCUCAUCGGCUGGGGCGCUCGCAUUCUAUGCCACGCCAUCGCAGAUUAAUCAGUCGUGUCUGACCUCGGACACUCGUACAUCUCAGUUUCUCCGCAACACUAUUUUCGCUUCCGAAUACGACAGCGGGAAUCCCUCUUCUUUGGGUCUCGCGACAAGUGAUGCUGCAAGCACCCCCGCGGCGAACGGCGCUUAUACUGAAACAACACGCUCCUCGAUCCUUUCAUUUGACGAGGAUGUACCCAGCUACGAUGCACAAGCUUAUAGUCGGGAUCGAUUCUCUUGGUACAGAUACCCACUGCAAGGUAGCGCGGGACUGUCUGGCUAUCACGAUGGAAACAUCUCGCUCCCUGCCAAUAGCCAGGACUACUCGACGAGGCAUCUUGAUCCUGCCGUGUCCGACGUCGUAAACCUAACGCUCCAACAAGUGUCUGGCGUGCUUCCGUCAAGCAGCGUUGUCGAGCCACCAAUUGCAACAGAUUACCCUGACAUAUCUGCAUUCGAUGAGUUGUUAACUCGCGGUCUAGAUGCGGCAAAUGCGACAUCUGAGCAACCAUCAACGCCGCAAUCUCCUGACGGCUCGAUAGCCCGGCAAGCUCACUAG